UCUAUUAGGUUACUACCAUAUAGUUUGAGCUUCCUAAAACAACCUUAUUAAUCUUUUAAACUUACACGAGUCUUGACUCAUAAUUUAAGAAUAAUGUUCCAAUCUCUGCAUAACUAGGAUUGAUUGAAUAUAUCCCAAUUUGAGAGCCAACAGACAACCUAGAUUCAGCAAGAAAUUAACUUACCCCAAAUAGCAAAUUAGUUAAUUUUUGUGGUAAAAAUGCAAUUUUUGGUAAAAUCAAAGUGGGACAAUAGAAAAACAAAACAAAGGUGAACACUUUUCGAUUCCACACAAGGGAAACAAAGAAGGACUAAUAGAGAAGAGUAAAAAAACAUCAAGAAGAACAAGAGCCUAAACGAUUGAAGUGCUUUCAGAAAACGAUACACAUAUCAACAUUGGGAAUCUAAGACCCAAUUUCAAUUCCAAUUUCAAAUUCAUCAUUCAAUCGAAAGGGUCACUUUUUUUUCAUUCAAAGUUCUCAGCUUGUAUGUGUAUAUAUAUCUCUAUAUGUAUUCAACUUUUUUCUUCAUGAGACAGUUCAGAGCUAUUCAAAGUUCAGAUCUUUAACCAUUUUUUAUCUUCAAUUUCAGGGGUGAUACGUUAGUGAAUAAAUUAAUAUGCGGGAUACUGAGAAGUCAAAUAAUCGAGGAUCUACAAAAGCCGGUAACUCAAAGGAACAUAUCAAGUUAAAGGUAGAUUCACCGCGAUUCAAAAGAAGUAGCUCGAAAAGCCAAGAGAAGAAACGGAAACUGAAAUCAAAAUCUCAUAAACUCAGAGACUCGGCAAAUGCGUCGGAGAAAACAGCUAUUGAUUCUUCUGUCAAGGGGCCGAACAAGAAUACUUCAAAUAAAAGAUUGAUUAUUAGGCAAAAGCUACAUAAAACUGAUAGGAAUUCAAAACAGGUUCAGCCUACUGUAAAGAUACAAGGAGGAAAAAAUUCUCCGAAUAAUGAUAGGGAAAACGAGAAAGAUGUUGAUCAAGAGACAAAUAUUCAAAAGCGUAAGAGAAGAAGAAGAAAAAAGAAAAGAGAAAGACUUAAUGUGGAAAUUGACGACACUUCACGCCUUCAGAGAAGAACAAGGAAUCUGUUAAUUAGAAUGAAGCUAGAGCAGAACCUUAUUGAUGCUUACUCCGGAGAAGGUUGGAAAGGUCAUAGUCGAGAGAAGAUUAGGCCUGAAAUGGAGCUACAAAGAGCAAAGAAGCAGAUUAUAAAAUGCAAGCUUGGUAUCCGUGACGCCAUUCGCCAGCUAGAUUCUCUAAGUUCAGUUGGUAGCAUUGAAGGUUCUGCUAUUGCUACAGAUGGAUCUGUUUAUCACGAACAUAUAUUCUGUGCGAAUUGCAAGAUGCGUGAAGCUUUUCCAGAUAAUGAUAUUAUACUCUGCGACGGCACAUGCAAUCGCGCGUUUCACCAAAGGUGUCUUGAUCCUCCUUUGGAUACUGAAAACAUACCUCCCGGAGACCAAGGCUGGUUUUGCAAGUUUUGUGAAUGUAAGAUAGAAAUACUCGAGGCAACAAACGCGCAUCUCGGGACUCGUUUCUCCUUAGACAGUACUUGGCAGGAUAUAUUCAAGGAAGAAGCUGCUAUUCCUGAUGGUGACACAGGAUUAUUGAAUCAAGAAGAAGAAUGGCCCUCAGAUGAUCCUGAAGACGAUGACUAUAAUCCAGAGAUGAAAGAAGAUAGCCACGGUGGCAACAACACAGAUGGAAAUGAUGAUAACGCAUCUGAUGAUUCGAGUAGUUCUGGUAGUAUGUGGUCAUUAAAUGGAGAAUGUUCUCUGUUAGAUGAAGGCCUUGAAUAUUAUUCUGUUAGUCAUGGCCGCAUAGAUUCCGAUGAAUCCGGCGAAAUUGCGUGUGGUCGUAGGCAGCGUACAGCUGUUGACUACAGGAAACUUUAUGAUGAAAUGUUUGGGAAGGAUGCUCAUUAUGAACAAAUGAGUGAAGACGAAGACUGGGGUCCGGGAAAAAAACCGCGAACAGAAAAGGAGUCUGACGCUGUUAAUACACUUAUGACUCUGCAUGAGAUUGAAAACAAACAUCAGAAUGAUGAGAACAAUGUUAGAAUACGAGGGAAUUCUUCUGGCAUAAAAAGACCUUGCUUCAGGAUUCCGCAUGAUGCUGUUGAGAAGCUUCGCCAAGUUUUUGCAGAGAAUGAGCUUCCUCCUAAAUCCGUAAAGGACGCCCUUUCGAAAGAGCUGGGACUUGACGCUGCAAAGGUUAACAAAUGGUUCAAAAAUGCACGUUACUCGGCACUUAAAACUCGAAAGUAUCGGGAAGGAGGAAAACAGCUGCAGAGUUUCACUUCUAAGUCCUCAAAGGAUUGUACAUCCCAACAGGUGCAGGAAGAUGAGAUUUUGAAACCGAAGGUCAAGAAAAUUACCGUGAUUCGUUCCGUGAAGAAGUGUGAAAAUGUUACCGGCAAAGAGAAAACAAAGGCAUCUAGCAGUCUUUUGAAGAAAAAGAAACCAGAAGUACCUCCACCCUCGAGAGAAAACGGCAACGAGGAUUCGACGGAAGACAAUGGCGAUGUAAGCUUGAUGAAACUAUUGAAAGAAAGGAAAAAGAAGGUAACAUUUGCAUUUGAGAGAGGCUCUAAGGAAGCAGAGUUGGAGCUUGAAAGACUGACCAAAUUGAAGAUGAAAGUAGAUAGAUUGAAGCAAAGUUUAACUCAAGUUCAAAAUUACAGAUCAAAGGGUUCAGAGAAAGAACCUAAUCUGAAUGAGCCAUCUAUUGUUUAUGUGCCUGUAGCUGAGUUAAGAGAAAAGGUCAAAUAGAAAACUAUAUAGAGAAUAUACAAUGUUUAGAAUAUUUUUGCAAUACAGUAAUAUAUGGCUGUUAGUUUUACUUUGUAAUAAGAAAUGAAGUAACCGUUUUGAAGUUA